CGACGACCGACUGGGUGACACUUGGGGCGGCAUUCGAAAAGCUCAUAUGUCGCUAUGGCACGAUGCUCGGUGUUGCAUGUGCGUCUCCUCCGCCACAUGACUCCAGAGCCGUCACUGGCGGCUUCUCUUCGCCACUUCCUCGACGUAUAAAAUUGACCAUGGAACGCGAGUAUGGAGUUGUGCCGAGGUAGAAGUCUCAUCGAACAGGAUGAAGCUCUUCUUGUCUCUGCUCUCGUCUGCAACUGCCGUUUCGAGCGUCCUCGGCGCUGUGCUCGACAAGCGUGCCAACCCGAAGGGCAUCGACGUUUCCGCCUACCAGCCUAGCGUCGACUGGGCAACGGUCAAAGCGAACGGCGUCUCAUUCGCCUACAUCAAGGCCACAGAGGGCACCACCUACACGAACGCCUAUUUUUCCAGCCAGUACACGGGCGCGACGAACGCCGCACUCAUCCGCGGCGCAUAUCACUUUGCGCACCCGGACUCGUCCUCGGGCGCGACGCAGGCGACUUAUUUUCUCGCCCAUGGCGGUGGGUGGAGCAGCGACGGCAUUACCCUCCCGGGAGCACUAGAUAUCGAAUAUAAUCCUAGCGGUGCCGAGUGCUACGGUCUGUCCGCUUCCGCGAUGGUGUCCUGGAUCAAAGAUUUCAGCAAUACCUACCACUCAAAGACCGGGGUAUACCCCGUGAUCUACACCACCACCGACUGGUGGACGACCUGCACCGGCAACAGUGCCGCCUUCGGCUCGACGAACCCGCUCUGGCUUGCUCACUUCGCGUCGAGCAUCGGUACCACCCCCGCGGGCUGGAGUUACGCCACCUUCUGGCAGUACGCCGAUUCCGGGACGAAUCCGGGCGACCAAGACGAGUUCAACGGGUCGAUGGCCGGCCUCCAAGCGAUCGCCAAGGGCUGAUCAUGUCUGACGAAGAGCGGAAAGGGUUAGCUGCCAUUCGUUGUAUGGUUCGUACAGUACCGCGAUCGAGGCGAGAGCGACGCAAGGCUGGUACGAUCACAUUCGCAUGUACAUAGCGCACAUAUAGCAGUUCUACGAAACUCAGCGAGAGUUAUACGUACAGCUAGCGGAUCGAGCGAACAGCGCUUGAGAGCAGGGGUAGACAAGGGGCGGCAAUUACAAACAAGCAAGGAGCCUAAGUGAAGAAGCACGGACAAUGUAGAAUAGCAUGGAGUCCAGUGAUCAGCUCAGUUGGCGAUCUGAACAGCCCGCAGCGCGACACGGUGAUAGUUACCGCCAAAGGCGGCGUUGAAAGCGUCCACGUCCCCCGUGAGGAUGAUGACGUCGUCGCUGUCCACGUAUACGAGCGACGCCUCGGUCUCGCUGAAAUCGGUGUUGGUCCACUGCGCAUCGAACAGGCCAUUGGACGACGCGUAGGUCCAAAUCGCGCUCUCCGUGUCCGGGUGGAGCCCCGUAGCAUCACUGUACGAGUUGGGGGCGUCCCUCGCGGGGGAGCCGGCGGGAGAGCCUUCGACACUCCCGAGGUAGGCGUAGUUGUAGGAGCCGGAGAAGAAGUCGUCCGAGGUGGAGGCAAAGCCGGCGAUAGCGCCGAGGUACGGGAAAGUGCCGGAAAUCGAGAUGUCGAACGGAGAGGACGGGUCCGUGGUCGUGAACGAGAUGGCGAGCGCAUCGGCCGGGUCGGACGUGACGCCGUACUCUCCGAAAUCGUUGAGCGUGGCGCUCACAUACCCAAGAACAAUCGCACCGCCGUCGAUGUCUAUGACCUGGAUCGCGCCGGUGUACGACACGGGAGUGCCCGAGGGCGUGGAACGCUUGGCCGGUUCGGACGGGGACGCACGCUUGGGGCGCGAGACGUGGCGCGGCUUCUUGAGGGGCAGGCCACGCGCGAGGCGCUCGGCGUUGCUGCGAGGGAGCACCUCGCGCUUCGCUGCGCCGCCAUUGGCGUGCGCGGCGAUGACCGACGCAGGGGGGUUGAGCGAGAGGCCGUCGCGCGCAGCGAUGUUGACGGUGCGCGUGGGGGCGACGGCGCCCGCGAGAGCAGGGGCAAGAGCAAAGAGAGAGAGGGCGGCAAGGA